AUGGAUGCAGAAGUGGCUGCCAACAGGACGCAAGUUGUGGCUGACAUACAUCCCUGCUAUGUCAUAGAGAACUUGAAUUAUGUGUUGACAAGAACGCCUUCUGUUAUAUGUGUAUUAUUAUAUAUCUUCCUUGUUUUACUGGCAGUCAUUACGAUUUGUGGAAACCUCCUUGUGAUAAUCUCCAUCAUUUACUUCAAACAGCUGCACACGACUACAAACUCCCUCAUCCUCUCUCUGGCUGUGGCCGACCUGCUUGUCGGGAUUGUUGUCUUUCCUUUCAGCAUGGCCUUCUCCCUCAGCUCGUGUCUGUACCAUGAAGACAUAUUUUACAGAUUCUACGCAGUGUGUCGGCCUCUGACCUACAGAACUAAAAUAAACCAUCGCAGUGUUGCGGUCAUGAUCCUGCUGAGCUGGGGUGUUUCUGCGCUGAUUGGGAUUGGUGUCAUAAUUGCUGGGUUAAACAGUGAGGAAUGUGAGGACAGAUGUUUAAUUGAUGUUCUUAUGGCAAACACUAUUGGGCCAAUUUUGUCAUUUUACCUCCCAGUGAUUGUAAUGCUCUGCAUCUACCUGAAGAUUUUCCUAGUUGCACAGAGACAGGCUCGCAGCAUCCACAACACAAUCAGCCAGAGCACAAAGUCUGGAGCAACAGUCAGUAAGAUGGAGAGAAAGGCCACAAAGACUCUGGCUAUAGUCUUGGGAGUUUUUCUUCUGUGCUGGUUGCCUUUCUUUCUUUGCAUCACCUUCCUGCCUGUUGCAAACAAUGCAGUCCCUGUCCCUGUGAUUGAGACACUUAACUGGCUCACACUGUCAAAUUCAAUGCUGAAUCCGUUCAUCUAUGCUUUCUUUUACAGCUGGUUCAGAUCAGCUAUCAGAAUGAUCGUCUCUGGAAAAAUAUUUCAAGGUGAUUUUGCCAACUCUAAAUUGUUUUGA